AAAUAAAAACUAAAACACAAGCUGCGCAGCAGAGACGGUCAUACGAGGACAAGCUUUGCUGAAAAAUGGCUGUACCGAUCAUUCAGAAAGUGGUGGCUCUGUUCCUCGCGGUUUGCGUGGACGUUUGCUUGUUUUACGCAUCGGGAUUUGCGGGUAUCCAGCGCGCGUUUGGGCAUCUUGGACUUGCGUGGCUCUCCGCGGCUCUCCGGUGGUCGGCAGUGAGUGUUGUAACUCUGCUCACGCUCGGGGACCUCAGACCAAUGCUUGUUAGGUUCAUAACCGCGUACAGCUUACUUCCAGCGGUGCUGGAGACCGGGACCAGGGCGCUCCACCGCCAGGACGGCCAGUGCGGCCCCGCGGAGCCGCGCUGCUGGCUGCUGUGCGCCGGCGCGGCUCUGGCCGCUGCGCUCUUCUGGGAGAUCACCGUCCCCGACACCGACCCGGCGGCCGCUACUAAAGAAAACAAGCAGAAGUCCAGAGUUCUGUUCAUGAGAGUCAUCCGUCUUCUAAAACCUGAUUAUCCGCUGCUGGCUGUGGGCCUUGUGUUCCUGUCACUGGCAGCUAUCUGUGAGAUGUUCAUCCCAUUCUACACGGGGAGGGUCAUUGAUGUCCUUGGCAAUCAUUACCAACAAAAUGAGUUCCUAACUGCGCUCCUCUUCAUGGGCCUGUACUCUGUGGGAAGUUCUGUGAGUGCUGGCUGCAGAGGCGGUCUGCUACUUUGUGCCAUCAGUUCAUACACAUGCAGAAUAAAAGGGAAGCUGUUUGAGGCUUUAACAAAACAGGAAGUUGGAUUCUUUGAGACGACAAAAACAGGUGAAAUAACAUCCAGGUUGUCUAAGGACACCACCCUGAUGGCGAAAACAGUGGGUCUGAACAUCAACGUGCUGCUGAGGACUUUCAUCAAGACAAUGGGCAUGAUCUCUCUGAUGAUGAAUCUGUCGUGGAAGCUCACAUUCCUUGUACUGAUGGAGACGCCGAUCACUGGUCUUAUACAGAACAUCUAUGACACACACUAUCAGAGGUUGUCCCAGGCAAUGCAGGACUCCAUGGCUCGUGCAAAUGAUGCUGCAAAUGAAGCAGUGUUUGGUAUUCGUGCAGUGCGGAGUUUCAACACAGAAAAACAAGAAGCUCAUCGUUAUGACAAACGCUUAAUGGAAACACACAUCCUGAAGACCCGCCGAGACACCAUCACGGCUGUUUACUUGCUCCUACGGAGGUUGACAGGGUUGGCCAUGCAGGUCUUCAUGUUAUACUAUGGCAGACUUUUCAUCCAAAAAGGACAGAUGACCACAGGAAACUUGGUUUCUUUCAUCCUCUACCAGUCAGAUCUUGGAGACAACAUUAGGACGCUCACCUACAUCUUCGGUGACAUGCUGAACUCAGUGAUGGCCGCUGGUAAAGUAUUUGAGUAUCUGGAUCGCAAACCUCAAGUCAGCACAGACGGGAAACUCAAGCGCGAUCAUCUGAGCGGACAUGUCAGCUACUGUCGCCUCAACUUUGCGUAUCCUGCAAAUCCCAGCAAGAUAGUGCUCCAGGACUUCUCCUUGGAGCUGAAACCGGGUCAGAUGACGGCUCUCGUGGGUCCAUCUGGGGAAGGAAAAAGCACUUGUGUGAGUCUGCUGGAGAGAUUCUACGAACCUCAAAGUGGAGAAAUUCUUCUGGAUGGGGAACCACUGAAAUCCUACGACCACCAUUUCUUCCACAAGAAGAUCGCGGUGGUGAGCCAGGAGCCUGUGCUCUUCUCCGGCUCCAUCAGAGAUAACAUCGCCUACGGGCUUGCUGACUGCUCCCUUCAUGAGAUUGAGGAAGCAGCGCGCAAAGCCAACGCCCAUGACUUUAUUCAGGAGCGGGAGAAAGGUUAUGAUACAGAGGUGGGUGAGGGUGGCAGCCAGUUAUCCAAGAGCGAGAGGCAGAGGAUCGGCAUUGCUCGAGCUCUGAUCAGGCAACCCAAGGUCCUCAUAUUGGAUGAAAUAACCAGCUCUCUGGACACUGAGAGUGAAAACAAGGUUCUGCAGGCCCUGGCCCGCUGCCCCAACCAAACCCUUCUGGUGAUCGCCCACCGGCUGAAGACCAUUGAGAAGGCCGAUCAGAUUGUUGUGAUUAGUGGAGGUAAAGUUAAGGAGCAGGGGACUCACCAGGAGCUGAUGGACCUGAGGGGGAGCUACUACAAACUGAGAGAGGAGCUCUUCACCGAGCAGAGCUCGCCUACGGGAGGAACUGCCGACGCUUGACUGUGCAGGAGAUCGAGUUAACGUGAUGUGACAGAGGUGUUCAGAAGUGACUGAGAUGUUUUACUGUAAAUAAUAGUCUGUAAAGAAUAAACUGUGUUUUGUCCCUCAGAA